AUGUUACAAAGUGAAACACUUGAUUCUUCCUUGCUUGAAAUGAAGCAUCUUAAGUACCUUGACUUGAGUGGGAAUAAUUUCAAGGACAACUUGAUUCCAUCAUUCCUAGGAUCAUUAAACAAACUGCAAUAUCUCAAUCUCUCAAAUGCAGGCUUUGGAUGUGUUAUCCCUCACCAGCUCGGCAACCUCCCAACCUUGUGUGCACUUGAUCUUGGUGGACUGUUAUCUUCUCUAAGAGUCGACAAUCUCAUAUGGGCUACUAAUCUUUCAUUGCUGGAGUCCCUUGAUAUGUGUCAUGUCAACCUUAGCACCACAAAAGAUCACCUUGCGACGUUUCCUAAAGAACUUGGUGAACUGAAGCAACUAAAGGAGUUAGAUUUGUCUGAUAACAAGUUGACUGGUUUAAUCCCAAUAAAUUUAUCAAGAUGCUGGAGCCACAACAUGGAGAACCUAGAGUUGUGGAGUAAUAAUUUUUACGGGCAGUUGCCUGAAGAACUUGGCAAACUGAAGCAGUUAAAAUGGUUAGAUUUGUCUGAUAACAAGUUGUCUGGUCCAAUUCCAACUAUUGUGGGACAACUUUCAGAUUUGGAGUGGAUUGACAUAUAUGGUAAUACCUUUGAAGCAAUUGAAAACUAUGGGCUCAAUGCAUUAAGUGAAGUCUUGAAGGGAGUGGUGCUGGAGUAUAGCGAAAAUACACGAUUCUUGGUCAAUUUUGAUCUUUCAAGUAAUCAACUAGUUGGAGAAAUCCCUUUGGAACUGACAAACCUCACUGACUUGAUCGGUCUCAAUUUGUCUCAUAAUCAUCUAAGAGGACAAAUCUCAUUGAAGAUUGGAGAUAUGGUCUCUCACGAAUCACUUGAUCUUUCCAACAACUAUUUGUUUGGAACAAUUCCAGAGAGCAUAUCGAAGUUGACCUUUCUGAGUCAUUUGAACUUGUCCAACAAUAAUUUGUCUGGGCGUAUCCCGAUGGGACCUCAACUUCAAACACUCAACGAAAGUUCGGAUUAUGAGGGAAACCCUGGACUAUAUGGGGCACCAUUGGCCCAACAAUGCGAAGUUAAUAGAACAUCGACAAAAGGUAAAAAUAGUGGGGAGCAUGGUCAUGAUGGAAAUGCAGCCGAUAAGUUAUACCUCUAUGAAUUUGUAGUUGGUGGUUUUGCCACUGGAUUAUGGGGUUAA